ACAGGUUAGUUCUCUCCUAUUCGAUAAAUCUUCACUCUCAGAUGAGCAGGCUAGGGUUUACUUUCUUUUUUUCCUUUUAUCUCCUUGUCUUUAUGCUCUGGAUCUCUGUAUCCUCUGAUAUUUUUCCACGCCAAAAUCUAAAGUGAUACUGAGUUUUUACUGGUGUUGUCAAUAGGACCUUAGGAUUGGGCGUGGACCUUAAACAACAUGAAUUACCUUAUUGGAGCUUUCAAGCCAGCGUGUAACAUCUCCAUCACGUUUAACGAUGGGAAAACUCGUAAACAGGUUCCAAUGAAGAAGGAAAAUGGUCAAACUGUUAUGGUUCCACUUUUCCAAAGUCAAGAAAAUAUUGCUGGAAAGAUUUCAGUAGACCCACUUCAAGGGAAGAAGGUUGAACACAAUGGCAUCAAAGUUGAGCUCCUUGGUCAAAUUGAGAUGUACUUUGACAGAGGCAACUUCUAUGACUUUACUUCCCUUGUACGUGAACUGGAUGUUCCUGGAGAAAUAUAUGAAAGAAAAACUUACCCAUUUGAGUUUUCUACGGUAGAAAUGCCUUAUGAGACAUAUAAUGGGGUGAAUGUAAGGCUUAGGUAUGUUUUGAAAGUGACCAUCAGUCGAGGCUAUGCUGGAAGCAUCAUUGAAUAUCAGGACUUUAUGGUUCGCAACUAUUCUCCACCUCCAUCAAUCAACAAUAGCAUCAAGAUGGAAGUUGGAAUUGAAGAUUGCCUACACAUUGAGUUUGAGUACAACAAAAGCAAGUACCAUCUCAAAGAUGUGAUCAUUGGCAAGAUAUACUUUCUUCUUGUGAGAAUCAAGAUAAAGAAUAUGGAUCUUGAGAUAAGGCGCCGAGAAUCAACAGGUGCAGGUGCCAAUACACAUGUUGAAACAGAGACACUUGCAAAAUUUGAGUUGAUGGAUGGAGCUCCUGUCAGAGGUGAAUCAAUUCCAAUCAGACUCUUUCUUAGCCCUUACGAGUUGACACCAACACAUCGCAACAUUAACAACAAAUUCAGUGUGAAGUAUUAUUUGAACCUUGUCCUGGUUGAUGAAGAGGAUCGACGCUACUUUAAGCAGCAAGAAAUUACAAUAUACAGGUUGCAGGAAAAUUCUUGAUUAAGCAUAUCAUGCUUGAAAUUGGUGUUUCACCCAUGAGAAGAGUCUAGAACAUAACUGCAUUGUGACACAUUGUAAAGUCUUAAAAGUUAUGAUUUAAAUCUUGGAUUGGUCUCGAAUGACAUUGUAUACUUGCAGAGUCAUUGCUCGACUGUACGACUGCAUAAAUUAUGUAAAUGGGCAAAAUUUGGGUUGUGAAAGAUCUGGAUUUUCAUUUAUGAAAUGGCUGAUAUUAUGACUU